AAUCGCAGACGCUGAGAAGUGACUUGAGAGAAACACACAAAUCGUCUCCGCGGGUUGUGGCCCAAUGAGUGUCGUAGACGCAGAUAAGCGCUGUUUUCUCUGAAGGCUCCUGCGGAAAUGAGAGACUUUGAAACUCCAUUUUCCGGUUUGUAGUUGGUGUCAUCCAUCACAGCAUGGGUAACCCUGCAGACAGGGGCCAGACCUGGGGCCGUUUGGUUGGCAGCAGGGACUCUUCGUAGAUGCCAUUUGACGACUUCACGCCUGCAUGACUGUUAAGGACCUAAUAACGCUUUAAACUCCUGCUGUUCCCACAAAGACAAAAUGCAUCAGCAGUUCCUUCUCUGUGCUCUGUGGCUGCUGCCACUGGUCUUGACCAUGGACUCUUCAUCACCACUGGAGCUGGUCCCUCGAAGAUUUGUACCAUAUAACAGUGAAGACUCCCACAUGUUUCAUGAGGAGGGAGUGUUCAACUACUCCACCAUGCUGUUGAGGGAGGACCUGGACCUGCUGGUGGUGGGUGCCAGGGGGGUCAUCUACGCUCUCGACCUCAAAGACAUCUCCAAGAAACGUGCCUCUGUGAAUUGGGAAGUAACGAGAGAUAAAAAAGACCAAUGUGUAAGCAAAGGGAAAAACCUAGAGACAGACUGCAAUAACUAUAUCAGGAUUCUGCACAAACUGGAAGAUAACAGGAUGUACGUGUGUGGAACGUAUGCUUAUGAUCCGGAGUGUGACUACAUGUCUUACGCAAAUGGAGAGCUGAUUCUUGAGAAGAAAGCAGAGGAAGGGAAAGGAAAGUGCCCAUUUGACCCUUUCCAGAGAUAUGCUUCCAUAAUGGUCGAGGACCACAUCUACUCUGCUACAGUCAUGAACUUUCUUGGCUCUGAUCCCGUCCUGAUGCGCAGCUCUGACAGCGUCAUCCGCACAGAGUUCAAACGCUCCUGGCUGAAUGAACCCAACUUCGUCUCUCUGGCUCAGAUGCCUGAGAGUGACAAAAGCGAUGAGGGGGAUGAUGACAAAGUCUACCUGUUCUUCAGUGAGACAGCCGUGGAGUAUGACAGCUACACAAAGACAGUUGUUUCGCGUGUUGCUCGAGUCUGCAAGGGAGACCUGGGGGGUUUAAGGAUUUUGCAGAAGAAAUGGACAUCCUUCCUGAAAGCAAGGCUGGACUGCCCCGUUCUGGACUCAGCCUUUCCUUACAUUAUCCAGGACACGUACCGCUGGUGUGACCCUCAGGAACACUGGAAGAAGUGCUUGUUUUUCGCCGUCUUCACACCACAGUCUGACACAUCAGAGCUGUCCGCUGUCUGUGCUUACCGUGUGUCUGACAUCAGCCGAGUCUUUGCCGAGGGAAAAUACAAGAACCCAGUUCAUGUUGAAACCUCUUACGUGAAGUGGGUGAUGUACAGCGGGGAGGUUCCUUCCCCUCGGCCUGGAGCGUGCAUAGAUGAUGAAGCUCGUAAAGCUGGAUUUACUCAAACGCUCGACCUUCCGGACCGGACCCUGCAGUUUGUCAAGGAUAAACCUCUCAUGGAUCAGGCUAUCGAGCCGAUAUCAAACGAGCCUUUACUGGUGCAAAAGGGAGUGAAAUACAGUCGUAUUAUUGUCGACCAAGUACAGGCAGUAAAUGGCAAAAAGUACCAUGUGAUGUUCAUCGGUACAGAGGAAGGAACCAUUGUGAAAGCCGUGAACUACAAUGGAGAGAUGUUCAUCAUCGAGGAGGUUCAAGUGUUCAAGGCCCGUGAGCAGAUAAAGAUUCUCAAGUUCUCCAACAUCACGCGUCUGAUCUACGCAGGCUCAGACUCUGGAGUCGUGCAGGUGUCACCAUCCUCCUGUGGAAGAACUUUGUCUUGCAUGGACUGUGUUCUUGCCAGAGACCCUUACUGUGGCUGGGACCAAGCUGCUGGCCGAUGUACAGAUGUUUCUGCUACAAAAAAAGGACUAAUCCAGAGUGUGGAGGAAGGAAAAGCCUCUCUUUGUCCGAAAGCCAAACCUGUCUCAGUCGUUGAUAAGUCUGUCUGGUCAAGUGGGAACCUAAAGCUUUCCUGCCUUUUACCUUCAAAAUUGGCAACGACAAGAUGGGAACGUGACAAGAGCCCCCUGAUCCCUUCACCGCGUCAUCAGCAGCUUCGAGAUGGACUGCUCAUUCUAAAUGCCACUCACUCGGAUGCGGGUCGGUAUCGCUGCCUUGCAGUGGAAAGCUCAAAAGCAGGGGAGUAUAUCGCUCCAGCUGCUGAGUAUGAUGUGAGCGUCAUCGAGGCGGCAGGCGACCGGGCUUCUGUUCCUCAGUCUCAGAAGGAUGGACCCACUGUUGCUGGACUCCAUGCAGUGAUUGGGCUGCUGACGGUGUGCUUGCUCGUCCUCUUGGCUUGGAACUUUUACAAAGGCCAUAUACCUUUGCCAUGCAAGUGCAAAAACAAUAAACAUGACGAAGGUCCAAUUUAGCCCUCAACCAAGCUGUGAAGGAGGCAGACGUCCACGAUGACAGAGGAGUGUUCUUGAAGAGGAACAUGAUUUUUCUAGCUUUGUACAAGCUCAAUGACAUUUUUUGAGUUCACCUUUGGAAUUACUGCAUUAUUUGAGCAAAGAUUGUAAAUAUCAGAUGUAAUUACUGUCUACGGAUUAAUUCGUUUAUUCAUUCAAAUACGCUCACAAAUGUAGUAUUGCAGUGCAUCUUGUGAAAGCUGCCUCCAGGUACAGAGAGUACGAACAAGACUUGACUUGCCAAAAAUGUGAAGAACAGCUGCAGUGUUUGACUUGCUUUUAUUAACCUUUAGUUUUAACUUUCAAUCACAACAGACCCCCAAAAAUGCAAUAAAAGCUAAUAAAGGCUCCAUUAUACAUGUUUUGUUUCUAAAUAAAUGUCAUGUGUUCAACAAUGUGUUGAUCAAUUAAUCAAUUUAUGUGACUGAAUUGUUGAUAUCUUGGCGAUCUUAUUAGGAGCACGGGGUUUGUUGUCAUUUUUUUAUUACUUUUUUUAUACCUUUUUAUACUAUACUAUACUUUUUAUAUUUUCAUGCUUACAAUGAAUUCACACAAU